CCGAAAGUGGUAUCGACUGCUUUUGCCUUGCAGCUCGACUGUGCUGUGUUGUUUAGAGUGGCUGGCUUUCCUACUGUAACAGAAACCUCGCAACUUAAAAGAUCCAGGAGUUUUCAGCCAUGGAGAAUACAGCCGUAGACACAGCAAAGACAAGCACAGCCACCUUUUCCAAAGAGCCUCUGGUGUCAGAAGUGCAUAAAGACGAAUCAGACUCAGGCAUCCACAGUUGUGAGUUUUGUGGGACCAAUUUUGAAACCAGACCUGGCCUCUCUAGUCAUGCACGGUUUCAUCUUCGGCAGCUGGGAGUGGCGGUGUCUGACAGCAGUGGAGCUCCUAUAGACCUUCUGUCCAAGCUCAUGAAGGAAAGAGGUGGAACUCUACCUAAGUUCAAAAAACAGGCCAAGCCUGUCAAAAAGUACAAACACAAGUCCCAGGUCAAGGCCAAGCCUGCUAAAAAAAGUAAACUUCCGUCCCACAUCCUCAAAAAGAAACCUGGGCCCAAACUGAAGAUUAAAAUAUCCAACAUUGUAAAGAAGAAAUAUGCUCUUUCCUCAUCGUCUGCCCCCUCUGCUGUAAAAGGAUCACUGGCUGGUCUGACUUUCGCUGUAGGGAAGACUAGUAAAAAAUCUUCAAAGAAGAUUGUAGUGUCCAGUCCUGUGGCCUCGUCUCUUCCGAAGGCUCUUGAAUCCAGAAUUGGUGAUAGCAGUCCAUCUACCUCCCUCUCUCUGGCCUCCGCCAAACCCCUCUGGGCUCCUCAGGAAACAGACGCUCCACUUAAUUUAACAACUAUGACGAAUUCCACAAAGAGGGAAGACGUCCAUGUGUGUGAAUUAUGUGGAGCGUGGUAUGAGACUCGUAAAGGUCUAUCCAGCCAUGCACGGUCCCACCUCCGGCAGUUUGGCGUCCAUUUGGACUCUAAAGGUGCUCCCAUAGAAUUGCUCCAUAAAAUUAUCCAGAGCGAGGAUUUCCAGGAAAAAGCCAGUGCUGGUCUGCUGGACAUCCCAGACAUUAAGGAUCGCACUUCACUCACCUCUGUUCCUUCCACAUCAUCAUCUACCAGCAAAAAUCCAUCUCCUUCCUCUUUGGUACUUAAAGGACUGACAUCUAUUCGUAUAAUACCUCCCUCAGUCAAAAAGCAGAAAACUUCUUUGGAUGUUUCAGGGAACUUACUCAGCAAAAAAGCUCAAUUUAAAUCCACUGUCUCAGCCAAAAAGAAGAAGAUUUCACAGGAUUUUUCAGGGAACAUGCCUCUCAGUGGCCAAACAGAACUAAAAUCACCUUCAAGGAAGAAGAAAAAGCUCUCUCCAGAUGUUUUGAGCAUAUUGCCUGUCAGUGGUAAAGCAGAAUCGAAAUCAUCUCCACCAGCCAAAAAGCAGAAGGUUUCUGCAGAUGUUUCAGAAGCAUUGCCUCUCAUUGAGAAAACAGAACUGAAAUCAACUCCCUCAGUGAAGAAAUGCAAGAUUUCUUCAGAUGCUUCAGCAAGUUUGUCCCUUGGCGAUCAAGCAGAGUUUAAAUCACGCUGUCAUGGUGAAUCAUCUAAAACUGUCAAAUGUGAUUUCUGUCAUGAGAAAUUUAAGAAGAGUCAGAGUUUAGCAAGUCACGCUCGCUAUCACCUCCGGCAGCUCGGCAUCACAGAGUGGUCUGUCAAGGGGUCUCCCAUGGCUACCCUGCGAGAGGUGAUGGCCCAACGGGCUGCUUCUGCAGGAUCUCUCUCUACCCUGGAGCCGCCCUCACUGACUCCACUUUUAUCUCCGUCUGCAACUCCCUCAGCACCCCCGCUUCUCUUAGCUCCUGAACCCCCUUCAUCCUCCCCUCGUCCAGUUCCACACAAAGUUCCAAAGGCCAAGAAAGGUUUCAGGACUGUGAACCCCAAACCAAAAGACGAGCCUGUGGAGGUUGAUGUCUCGAACAUAGAGUCUUCAAAGUCACAAAGUGCACCCAUCACACCUUUAACACCUCUGUCUGAUUCAAACGCAGUCAAAUCACCUGUGAUUGCCGCUAAAACUGAGAACCAGGAGCCCAAACAAUUUGUAUGCUGUGACUACUGUGGUGAGAUGUUUGAUACUCGUAAAGCUCUGUCCUGUCACGCACGUUCACACUUACGACAACUGGGAGCAAAGUGGUCCUUGAAGUUCCCACCCAUAGAGGCGCUGCAUGAGCUCAUGAGGAGAGAGGGCACUGUACGGGCAUCCCAAAUCAAACCAGAAUCUGCUUUAGGGGCGCCAGUGCAAAUCAAGAAAAAGGCAAUCACACCUCCAAAGUUAACUCUAUCACCAGUGGAAAACAAGAAACCUGAAGACGGCGCAGGCUGUGAUGCUACCUGUGAACUGUGUGGUUUUGAUUUUGAGAACCGAAAGGCACUGGCCAGCCACGCAAGAGCCCAUCUGAGGCAGCAGGGAGUGGACUGGAAGGUCCACGGUUCUCCUAUUGAGACCCUAAUGGCCUGGAUGAAGAGUGAGCCGCAGAAAGUAGCAGAGCUCCACAAGAGUUACAUGAGGGGCCAACUACCGUUUGUUAAAAAGGUCCCCAGAAAAACCUCCACUCCAUACUCAUCCUCAGACUCUGAGUCUGUCCGUCUUGGUUCUCCCAAAGCUUCAUCGAAAGACUCUGCAGGUCAGCCGCAGGUAUCCCAGAAUUCCAAAGCAGCAAGAGAUGGCAAAGCAGGGAUGAGCCACUAUUCAACUCACAAAAAACGGCCUCCGUCAGAUGAACUAUCCUCAGACAGCCUUAUCCAGUCUCCCACAGCCCGCAGUGAGCUGAACGUUCGUUUACCUCGAGGCUUUGAACGGCGUCCUACAAAGCAUUCAUCCCACUCUGAGAGCAGAUCUGGGGAAACAGAACCUUCAAAGCCUCCUCGGGUCGGAAACAUUCCUUCUUUGGUGCCCAGACCACCAGAAACCAGCUUGGUGAAGCUGGUGGGCAAGAUAUACUCCCUCAAGUGCAGGUUCUGUGAGGAGGUUUUUCACGGGCCGCUCUCCAUCCAGGAGGAUUGGGUGAUGCACCUCCAGCAGCACAUCCUAAAGCUGAAGCAGGACUCCGGCUCAUCAGCUCAGCCUCCUCUCAGCCAACCAGAAACACCGCUGCUCAUCGGCCCUCAGGCAGUCUAGAGGCUCUUUCUCUACUGUAAUCUUACGCAAUGACACUACACUGACUUGAGUACAGCUUCAUCAUCUGGACCUUAAUUGUCAACUGUGAUGUUUCCUUUUAUUCAAAGGUGAUCAGUUUUAUAGGACACUACUGAAAAAUGUGGACCACAGCUUGUCCUACCUAUCAAGCAUUGCGAAGGCCGGUAGGUUUUUAUCGUAUUUUCAUAACGCUACUACGUUUUGCUGGUUUCUUGAUUAACAAGAUUACAAGCCCGUUGUUUUAUACUGUACUUAAAAGUUGCGAUUAGUACUUAAUGUGUCUAGUUUUAAAGAGCGUUUUAUGAACACAAACUGUGGAGACCAGCAAUUGGUCAUCGAAAAUAAUAUUAUUUUUACUUUUAGUACUUAAAAUUUUUAUACACCAUCCUACAGUGUCAUUUUCAAUGCCAAAAAAACAGAUUUCUUUAUAUGUGUUCAGGAAAUAGUUUCAGGAUUUUUGCAGCAUAAACAGAAACCAGCAUUACAGAGCAGUCAGGUGACGUCAAGUGAUCUUAGGUGAACGUUUACUGUCUUACUAUAACAGAUUUUUUCCCUAUGUCUUCACGUGUAAAAUGGGUCUACAGUUUGAUACUAUUACAUGUUCUUGUGUGUUUACAUGAUGCUAUUACAUGUUCACUGUGAUCUGGUGUCAGGUUGGAGUAGAUGAUGUUGUAUUCUCUAGCGUCAGACCUUUCCAGAAUGUUGUAUGUGGAAUUUAUUUCCACAUCUGUUGUUUUUUGUGUGAUUUCUGAUUUGUUUUCACCAAUUUGCAGGCCUUUUAAGGUUUUAAGUAAAAUCCAGUUCAAAAUCCCUGUAGUGUUCUUGCGAAAUAGUUUGGUACACGUUAUUAAAACAACUUUUUAUACCUGCGUUUGAUUAAUAAAGUCACACUGUAAGUCUUUUUACUGUAA